UGCUCUGCAGUCAGUGUGCCUCUGGAAGCCGUGUUGAGCGUGACAGCCACCCAGCCUGCGCUAUCGUUAAACCAACCCCUCAGGACAAUACAUUUUCCCCUCUAAACCACAACUAAUGAUGGACUUUUGAUGACUUCUUUUCUCAUUCUCUGCCUUAUACACACAGUUGUAUGAAUAUACUCCAUAUGUAUACUUCUCGCUCCUAACAUGGACUGUUAAGCUUAGAAAAAAACUUGUCAGAAUAGCGUGAACUGUGUGGAAGAAACAGUUUGUUUUCAAUAUAUACAUUACUGAUACUGAUUUGAGAAUAUUUACGACUUGUGGUACUUACAAGUGUUGCAACAAGAAUUGCUAGUGUUGCAGAAGCCUUGGUAGUGUUGCACGAGCCUUGGAUGAAGGCUGUGGGUUGUGAUGUUGCAAUGAUUUGUAGAUAACAGGAAGUGUGUAUGUGUAUUUGUGUGUGCUCCUAGGACUACUCAGUGCUGCUGCAGAUGUUGCUGCUGCUGUUGCUGUUGCUGCUGCGGCCGCUACACCUCACUGAAUGAAAUGCUUACACAAGAAAGCAGGGUCUCCGUGAUGGGCUCCGGAAGGGUGGUAGUCCCAUUGAUGCUGUUACUUGGAGUGACCCUUGUGUCUCACACAGCCUAUGCCGACCCUUAUGUUGGGUCAGGUGACGGGGGUCGGGAACCACGAUGGGUGACGCCCUUACCUUCACGAGCGGCAGGUGAAGAUCCACCUGAACCACAUAUCACAGUGGUGACCGCAGCCUCCGUCUCCGCUGCUGCUUACGCCGUCGACGAGGGUGAUGAAGCAGAAGCAGCAGCAGGAGGAUCAGCAGGAGCAGGGAGGAGGAGGAGGAGCGGAAGGAGAAGAGGAGGAACAAGUAGGAUUAACGGUGACAGCAUCAGCAACAGCCAAAAACAACAGUAUGACGAAUAUCACAGCCCAGCUCGGCGCUUCAGUAUUCUUGCCGUGCAAGACUCAUCACUCAAUGGAGAGACAGCUCCUGCCACAGGUGUCGUGGGUGAGACGACGGGAUUGGCACAUCCUCACCUCAGGCACCCUCACCUACACCAAGGAGGAGAGGUUUACAGUGCACCAUCCAGAGGGCAGCACAGAGUGGACGCUAGCGAUCAAGUACGUUGAGCUAGCCGAUGCUGGAGUAUAUGAGUGUCAGAUCUCAACGGGAGGCGGUAUCGUGUCGCAUUUAGUGAGUCUAACAGUAGUGGUUCCACGCGCCGUCAUCCCGGGAAAUGGAGAAUACCACGUCGAGUCUGGUUCCACCAUCUCUCUCGUCUGCUUCAUCGAACAGAGUCCUGUGGCUCCACAGUAUAUCUUCUGGUAUCACAACUCCCGCAUGAUCAACUACGACCGGGAACGAGGUGGAGUCAGCGUUCACAUUGACACAGGUCCAAGGGUUCGAUCCCAACUGAGUGUCAAUAACGCCAGAACUUCCGACUCCGGAAACUACACUUGUGCCGCUGCCAACACUGAGUCUGCUUCCAUCACCGUCUAUAUCACGGAAGCAGCAAACAAGAUCGCAGCCAUCCAACCCCGAGCGGUGGACGGGUGUUCGUCCCUCCGUGGGUCCUUGGCACUGGCAAUAGCACUACCCUUGGCACUGCUAAUGAGCCACUUCAUCCUCACACACCCGCUUGUCACCCACUGAGCCUCCAACCCACCCUCGUCGUGUGCCCAAGAGUUACACCUUCACCUGUCACCCACCGCUGCCUUCAUGGGCCCAGCCAAGGCCAGUGGGACACCCAUCAACCAGUAUCGAGGUUCCGAAGAGAGAAUUCUAUUUUCUUAUCUGUGAUGACUCGAAUCUGGACCGCAGGAGCUGUGCAUGAAGAAAACCUGAACCUUCACUCGUUGAAUAAUUAUACAGCGAUUAAACCAGUGAAGUAAUUAAACCUAGCAGUCUGGAGCUAUCAUUAACAACUUGAUCUUUACUAAUGUGGUAAUUAUUUCAUUCAAUAAUUAAACUCCGGUCUCAUGAGGUGCGACAUGACAACAUCGUCAUUUCGAAUAAACAUCAGUAACUUCAUUGGCCUAUACCAUCACCAAAAUAAGUUUCACGACGGACGCGUUAUUUAAUAUAUAAUACCUACCUGAAAGAGUAACUUUCAUGUUCCUAAGUAAAAAGUUAAUUCCUUGCGACUCUUAAGGACGUGGGAGAUAAAUUUAAUUUCUAAAUCAUGUGGAAAAAUGUAAUGAACAACAGUCAAUAAAUAGAGUGGUGGACAGGGAGGCGAACCUCUGUCUGCAGAUUGACAGUCCGAUGGUCUACUGAUCGAGCUACUUAGGGCUUUAAGAGGAAAAAAAUCUUUCUUAUUAAGGGGCCCUGGGUACCUAAAUCAACGGAGCGUCGGGCUGUCAGUCUGCAGGCCGUGGUUCGGAUCCUUGUUCACCAUUUUGUUUAAUCAUAUGGUACACUGUUCAUCAUAAUGAUUAUAUAGCAUCAUAGCUACCAAGCUUAUUUGAAUCAUCAUUUUCAUCUGCUACCCUGGGAAUGCGUCACAUUACCCUCGUUAGGUUAGGCAAGAUUUGUCAGGAAACAGGACAAGUGUUUCCUGACUGCUGGAGCGUAGGUCAUCUGACCGAGGCCUUCCACUGGUUUACCGGUCAACCCCUUUAAAAUUAUGGUUAUAAUUAUAAUUUUUUUUACUAGACUAAUCCUUUAAUUGGUACCUUAUUUAUCAACUUCUGUUGUACAGUAUAUGAGCAUCAUAACGUUAUGAUAUAGACUUACAAUUUAUCUCCAGUAUAUAGGUCUUCAUUUGCUGCAGUAUGAAAUAUCCGAGAGGUGGUAAAAAGACAUAGACAACAAAAGGAGAUCUUCAAUAGAACGACAUUUCCCCUAUACGAGGCCUCGUGCGGGUGAAACGUCGUGUUAAUAAAGGUCUCCUUUUAUUGUGUGUCCUCUUACUAAUCUACAGUCAUCCACUGCUGUAAACAAGCAAAUACAGUUAAUUAUUGCUGUCAGGCGCUGUAAAUUAUGUGCGAUUUAGAAGCUUUUCACAUCAAUACGAAUCUGCGUCACAUUAACAUCAACACAAGCUGCGUACCGCUCGUAACAAGCUGCGCCACACUUGCAUCAACAGUUUGCAUCACGCUGACAGCAGCACUGUCACACUCACAUCAACAAAGCCAGUGCCGAACGGCUAAAUGAUGUGAAAAUGCAGGGCUCGUGAGCUAGACAUCAACUCCCACAAAUACAACUAAACGUAUGUGUAUACACUGACACAUAAAACUCAAUACCAACUACCUUUUAACAGGACAAGGAAAAGUAAAAAUUACCCAAAACAUUUGUCAGAAAAAUCUUCCACGAGGAAAUAAAUAAAGUUACGGCAGUUUUCCAAAAAGCUUUUCCCUCGUUCUAAAAGAAUGGCGGAGAGUGACAAUAAUAUGCUCCACUCUCCAAAUCUGUUGAUAUGUCUGGGUGAACAGCUGGAAAAUAUAUCCGUCUGUGAGGCUAGAAGCUUGGACUUUCGCUAUGGAGGCCAUCGAGAAUCAGUAAAAUUAAACGAAGAGUAACACCUCAAUGAUCAGGACGCAGGAUAAAAUACUAGUGUAACAGGGAAAGUAAAAAUAAAAAUUUCGUAAAAUGCCCAUAAUUGACCAAGGAGUAACACACACACACACACACACACAC